AUAAAAGCCAAAAAGAUAAAUAAGCAAAUCCAUAAUCAAUGGUCUAUCAAUAAAGCCACCAAACUUCCAUUUUUUUCUUCCCACUCUUCCACUUUUUUUUUUUUUGCUAUACCAAAAAGCACUGAACUUCACAUUUCCCUCAUUCUCAAAGCAAUGUCCCUCUACGUUUCCUUCUUCUUUACUCUACUUUUCUUGGGUAAUCCACCCGAAUUACGUGCCAUUCCGGUUUUACCCGAACCCCACCCAGCUGAGGUCCAUUCUCAAACAUUCUUGCCUUCCCCUGCACCACCGGCCACAAUUCCUGCUUUCCCGGAGCAGUCGAACGUCGCCAGUUGCCCAUUGGAUCUACCGGAAGACCUCUACCACAGCGUUAAAUCAGCUUGUGGGUCCGACAGUUAUUCGGGUCAAGUACACCAGACCCGUUGUUGCCCCGUUCUAGCAGCCUGGCUCUACUCGGCUUACUCUAAAACGGCACUACACAGAGCCGUUACAAAACUCCCACUGUCGACUUCCGUUGAUAUGCCGGUGCUCCCCGACGAUUCGGAGACGUGUGUGGACUCUAUUGAAAAGGCUUUGGGCAACAGAGGUAUUGAAUUGGUGAAGCCAAACAAGACUUGUGAUGUAUUUUAUUGUUACUGUGGAAUUAGGCUUCAUCCACUCAGCUGCCCAGAAGCAUUCUCUGUAGAUUCACAAGGGAAAUUGGUAGGUGAUAAAAGCGUGAAGAAAUUGGAAAGAGAUUGUUUGAGCAAUAAUGGGUAUACUGGUCUUGUUGGCUGUUCCAAGUGCUUGAACAGUCUUUAUCUGCUUAGUGAGGCCAGAGUCGGAAACAAUAGCAGGUUAGAGGAUAGGACUAAGAAAAUGCACAGCAGGGAUUGCCAAUUGAUGGGUCUAACGUGGCUUCUCAACAAAAAUAGAUCCGGUUACAUUCACACAGUUUCUUCUGUUUUGAGGGCUCUAAUGUUGACGGAAGGCAGUUCAGAUCCUCAGUCGUGCACACUUAACAGUGAUGGUAUGCCUCUUGCAGUAGACUCAUCGGAGAUCAACGAUGAAUCUGAUGCAGUUGCUAUUCAGGCAUCACUUUAUCCGUAUAUCCUACCUUUAGUUUUAGUGUACAUAAACUUUGUGGCAUUGCUCUUCAAUUAAUGGUUUAGUCUCCAGCACUUGAUCCUUGUACUAAAAAAUGUAGUUGUUGUUCAAAUGCCACGUAGGGCAAAUUCGGACCUCUGUAUUCGUUCAUUCAGGUUAGUGAAAUUGUAAUUUUUGUGGUUGUGUAACGACUUGUUCAGCAAAUGAAUGAAAUGGCUGUUCAUUGAA